AUGGGGGAGGAGACACCGCCGCCCCCGAGCGGGAGCGAAGGCUUUGCCCUUGUCGCCGCUGAAAGAGAGGACCUGCUUGCAACUCAAGCUGAGGCGCCGGACUACUUGAAUGCCUUGGAUGCUUUGGAGGUUGAUGCCAUUCGAGCGUAUGCCGCAUUGAAAGAAAAGGUCUCCUCGGCUGCGGACCUGUGUCAGGGUGCACGCGAGCAGCUACAGGAUCUCGCAAGGCAGGCGUGGAAGAUGGCAUUCCAUGCUGACUUCGAUUUCGACGCUUCUGAGCUCGGCGAGAAAGCCCAGCAGCUCAAGCCAGAGGAUCUCGAGAGAUUUCACAACGCUUGGGCCAAGUUAGUGUACGAUGUCAAAGAGGUAUACCAAGCCAUUGGCUUCCACCGGAGGCAAGACAAUGUCAGCUUGCGAUCAUUCGUCACUUCGCACUGCUUGGGUUUCUUCUCCGACUUGCUUGAAACCUUGGUCCCGGACCCAGUCAACUCACAGGCAGACACGUCCCUUCGCUCUGCUUGCCCGUUCAUCAUCGCAGAAGCUGCUGGCCGUGUUUCAGUCGGGAACGGCUUGCCUCGUGAUGGGCAUGUGGUUUUCAGCGCUUUCCAGGGCCCGUGUGCUUAUUAUUGGAACGGCCCCACAGGAGAGUCAGCAGCGGGCAAGGACAACUUGAAGCGACUAGUGCUGGACUGGCUCAGCAAGCUGGGUGGUGAAGACAAGCCUGCCACGCAUGCCCUGUUGCAAGGAUCACUCACCGUCACGGGUAUCAUGGAGGAGUUGCUAGAGAACAGUGGUCAGCUCCAGAUCAUCAACGGCGAGCUGGAGAAGGUGAUCAACAAGAGGAGGGAGAAGAUGCUGCAGGAGCUCCGGUUUGUCAUUAGCACCAUCGACUCUGCGCAGGUGCAGACCACGGCCUUUGAGGAGAAGCUGGUGCCCCGUAACGCGUCCAACCAGCUGCUGGUCAGUGUGCUGCGGGAGAUCCUCCGCGCGCAGCACGCUUCCGCAAGCCCAGACGCUGAUCAGCCGGAGAUGGCUGGCGGGCUAGCCUUACCAGAAGGAGGUGAGGCUCAGCAGCCAAGCAAGCGACGCAUUCAGUUGCGGCUGCCGCGCAGCAAGCGCGCCAAGGCAGAGGGGGGCGGUCAGGGCCAGGGCAGCGAGAUGGAAAUUGAGCGCAUGCAGUGGAGCGCCCCGGCAACUUUGGUGCUGGCAGGUGUGCUGGAUGGCUCUGGCCAAGCUUGUGACAAGGCAGGCAAGUGCCCGGGUAGCUCAAUGGUGACGAAGCACGCAGGAUUUGGACAGCCUGCCGCAAUUCCAAAAAUGGAGAUGUGCUCCACGAACCAGUUGCUGGCUGAGGGGCUGGUUGAGCAAAAGAUCCUGGUGGACAAAAAGGCGUCAGAGACUGCCCCGCAGCCAGAGCCUGAGCUCAUCCCAGACCUCGACCCCAUUGACUUCGCAGCUAGGCGCCUCUUCGACGGCUUGGCCAGUGAAGCGGAGGGGGAGGAGACGCUGCUUGAGAAGGCCACCACUUUGAGCAUGCCCUUCAAGAUCAACAGCAAGACGGCGUGGUACAACUUCCGCCAGCUGCGCUUCAGUCGUGGCAGGAAGCGACAACAAGGCCUUGAGCUGAAGAUGCUGAGUAAGAGCCUAGUUGUGCGCUCAGCACGCAGGUCUCGCUUCCAGUUGGGGCUGGCUGUGUCAACACUGAAGAGCCACCCCUCUUCUCGGCCGAAGCAGGAGCUAGAUGGCAAGGCCCAGCAGGGCAUCCUCGCGCUCGCGGCAAAAUUCCCGGCGCGGCGUUGA